AUGGCUGGUGAAAAAGGAAAAGUUUUGCUCGCAUACUCUGGUGGUCUCGAUACCUCUUGCAUUCUCGCAUGGCUCAUUGAUGAAGGUUAUGAAGUCAUGGCCUACGUUGCUGAUGUUGGUCAAGAGGAGGACUUUGAAGCUAUCCGUGAAAAGGCCUUGAAGGUCGGCGCCACUAAGGUCUUUGUUGAGAACCUUAAGGAGGAAUUCGUCAAGGAGUUGAUCUUCCCUGCCAUCCAAGCUAACGCCAUUUACGAAUCCGUUUACUUGCUUGGUACCUCUUUGGCUCGUCCUGUUAUUGCUCGUAAGCAAAUCGAGAUUGCUGCUCGUGAAGGCUGCCAAUUCGUUUCCCACGGCUGCACUGGCAAGGGUAACGAUCAAGUUCGUUUCGAGUUGGCUUACUAUGCUUUGAACCCUGAGAUUCAGGUUAUUGCUCCCUGGAGAUUGCCUGUUUUCUUCAACCGUUUCGCUGGCCGAAAGGAUCUUCUUGCUUAUGCUGCUGAGAAGGGCAUUCCUGUUGUCCAAACCGCUGCCAAGCCUUGGUCCACUGAUGAAAACUUGUUCCACAUUUCUUAUGAAGCUGGUAUCCUUGAGGAUCCCAAUGUCACUCCUCCCAAGGAUAUGUGGAAGUUGACUGUUGAUCCUGAGGAUGCACCCAACACUCCUGAGCGUAUCACCAUCACCUUUGAAAAGGGUAUCCCUGUCAAGGUUGUCAACCACAACGAUGGCACUGAAGUCACUGAGCCCGUUGAACUCUUCACUUACCUUAACACGGUUGCUCGUCGUAACGGUGUCGGUCGUAUUGACAUUGUCGAAUCGCGUUUCAUUGGCGUCAAGUCCCGUGGUUGUUACGAGACCCCUGGUGGCACCAUUCUCCGCACUGCCCACAAGGAUCUUGAAGGUUUGACCGUGGAUGGCCAUUUGCGUGCUCUCCGUGACCAAAGCGUCACUAUUCCUUACUCUCGCUGCCUCUACAAUGGUCUCUACUUCUCUCCCGAAUGCGAGUUCCUUAACCAAUCUAUUCCUUUGACCCAAACCAAUGUCACUGGUGAUGUCAAGCUCAAGCUCUACAAGGGUAACACCACCAUUGAAGGUCGUGUUGCUCGUGGCCCUGGUGCUAAGCUCUAUGACAUGCGUGAAUCUUCCAUGGAUGAGCAAGGUGGCUACAAUCCCCAGGAUGCUGAUGGUUUCAUCAAGAUCCACUCCAUCCGCUUGAAGAAGUGGACCCCCGCUGACAAGCAGUAA